AUGGCUCUCCAGAUCAACGGAGCCUCCUCUUCUUUCACUCCCCAAUUCAACUAUGAUGUUUUCUUAAGUUUUAGAGGUGAAGAUACUCGCUAUAAUUUUACAAGUCAUUUAUAUCAAGCUUUAUGUGAUAAGGAUUUUAACACCUUUAUCGAUAAUGACCUUCAGAGAGGAGAAGAAAUUUCAAUGGAACUUUUUAAAGCUAUUGAAUUAUCAAUGAUUUCGAUUGUUGUGUUCUCUGAAAAUUAUGCAUCUUCCAGUUGGUGCUUAAGUGAACUUGUAAAGAUUCUUGAGUGUAGGAAUAAUGGACAAUUGGUCCUACCUGUAUUUUACAAAGUGGAUCCAUCAGAAAUACGUAAACAAAAGGAAAAGUUUGGAGUAGCGCUAACUCAACAUGAAGAAAAUUUAAAUGGUAAUAUGGAGAAAGUUCAGAGGUGGAGAACAGCUUUGACUAAAGCAACUAGCUUGUCUGGGUUUCAUUACAAAGAGGGUUGUAUUGAAUCUGAAACUCAAUUCAUCCAGAGAAUUAUUAAAGAGAUAUCAAUUACUAAAUUGAAUCGCACUCAGUUAUUUGUUACUAAACACCCAGUUGGAAUAGAUUCUCGUGCGGAUGCUAUAGAGUUGCUUUUAGAUAUGAAGUCAAAUGAUGUUCGCAUGGUAGGGAUUCAUGGUCUUGGAGGAGUAGGUAAGACUACAAUUGCAAAAGCUAUUUAUAACAGAAUCACUAAGUAUUUUGAAUUGAGUUGCUUUCUAGAGGAUAUCAGAGAAAAAUCGAGAACAAAUGAUGACAUAAUCAAACUACAAGAGAUGCUUCUUUCUAAGAUCUCACGGGGUACAUUUGUAAAGGUAGACAAUGUACCUAGAGGAAUUAUUAUGAUAAAAGAAAGGCUUUGUCGUACAAGACUUCUUUUAAUUAUUGACAAUGUGGAUGAGUCAGAAGUGAUGGUAAAUUUGCUUGGAGAAUGUGAUUGGUUUGCUUUAGGAAGUAGAGUCAUUAUAACAACAAGAGACAAACAAGUGUUAAAUACUCUUGGAAAAGAUCAUCCAAUUUAUGAGCUUAAGGAAUUAAAUCAGUCUGAAUCUCGUGAACUCUUCAACCUACAUGCCUUCCCAAAAAUUGAACCUAAGCAAGAUUAUUCAGAAGUUGCAGAGCAAAUCAUACAUUAUGCCAAUGGUCUUCCAUUAGCUCUUAAAAUAAUAGGUUCUGAUUUGUGUGGAAAAAGUAUACAUGAAUGGAAAAGUGCACUAGAAAAGUAUAAAAACAUCCCUCACAAAAAAAUUCAAGAAAAGCUCAAAAUAAGCUAUGAUGGACUUGAAAAGACCGAAAAGGAUAUUUUUCUGGAUAUUGCAUGUUUCUUCAAGGGAUUCGAUAGGAGUUAUGUAGUUAAUAUAUUAGAUGCUUGCAAAUUAUAUCCAAGUUAUGGAAUUGGAAAACUUAUUGAUAAGUGUCUCAUAACGGUUGGUCAAUCUGGCAAAUUGUGGAUGCAUGACUUGCUUCAACAAAUGGGAAGAGAAAUUGUUCAACAAGAAUCAGAAGAGCUCGGAAAACGUAGCAGGAUAUGGUGUUUUGAGGAUGCUCAUGAAAUACUAACUACAAAUAUGGGAUCAAGUAAAAUUCGAGGCAUCUUGUGCUGCUCACCUCAACUGAUAAUGAUGCCUAUUGAAGUUGAAGCUUUUGAAAAUAUGAAAAAUCUCAAAUUUCUUAUAGUUCAUAAUGUACAAAUUUGUGAAGAACUCAAAUAUCUUCCCAAUGGGUUAAGGUGUGAGUCCAUCAUAGAAUUACCUGAAUUGUGUAUCCCAAGCCUAGAAGAAUUGGAUCUUUCCUUUUGUCAAAAUUUAGUUAAGGUUCAUGAGUCGAUUGGAUUUCUUGAUAAGCUUCAAAUAUGGGAUCUCCAAGGUUGUGAAAAACUUCAAAUUCUUCCAAACACCCUUAGGUUGAAAUCUCUUGUGGAUUUUGUUCUUAUAGACUGCUUAAGGCUUGAGAAGUUUCCUAAUAUUCAUCCAGAAAUGAAAUGUUUAAGGACUUUGUAUUUACGUCAUAGUGGUAUUCGAGAGUUGCCUUCAUCAAUCAAGUAUCUUACUGGGCUUCACAGCUUAGACUUGCAUGAUUGCCAAAACCUUAGGUAUCUUCCAGAUGACAUCUAUAAAUUACAACUUCUUAGUGAACUAUCUAUUCCCACUGCCAGAUUGAGACAGACAUUCCAUUAUUUGGAUGGCUUUUCCAAAUAUGGGUUUUUUAUGUUGGAUUUCUUGAGUUUCAGGGGGAAUAAAAAUAUAAUUGAAUUAGACUUUUUGAUGAAACCCGAGUACUUCCCCGUAUUGAAAUCUCUAGAUCUAUGUGAAACUAAUAUUGUUAGCAUCCCCAACAGCCUUAGCAGAUUUAAUACAUUAGAGUUCCUUUAUAUAGGACAUUGCAAGCAACUUCGAGAAAUUCCAAGGCUUCCACAAUCUGUAAAAUUUGUGGAUGUAACAAAUAGCUAUUCGUUGAAUCCACAAUCAUCAAGCAAAUUAUUGAAUCAGAUUGGAGAAAUUUUAAGGAUUUUACCAAAUAAUCGCUCGUUUUUGCCUAAACCUAAAGAUGAUAAAUUUAUAAUUAGACUACCAGGAACUGAGAUUCCAAAGUGGUUAAACUUAAACCAUGAAAGUGAUGGAAAUGUCAUAUCAUUUUGGGUUGGUCACAAAUUUCCAAAAAUUUUUGAUGUCUGUUUUGCUUUUGGACCGGUGAAAUAUCCCCGGAUGUCUUCUUGUAUCGUUUACCUUUCCAUCAAUGGUUGUGAAAAAGAGAACCUUCUUUCAACUCCUACAUAUGAAUUCUCUGACCAUCUAUGGAUAUUUUCUUUAUCUAAUAAGAAAUUGCAGUACCAAUUGAAUAAGUCAAACCCAUCUGGACUAAAUUACGUUGAGAGUGCAUCUGUUGUUCCCAAAAAUGAAAAAUCUGACGUUUUUCACGUGCCGAGUCUAAGUGCUAGGCAUAGUUAUGGCUUUGAUAUGGAUCAAUGGACUUUCAACAUUAACCAUCCCAUGCCAGACGUCCCCAAAAACACUACCUGUCCCACUUCAGAUGGCUUCAAAUCCGAUUCUGACUCUAGAUACGGAGCUCUCGUCCAAGGAAAAUUCUUAAGUACUUUCAAUGCAAAGUGA